UUUUGAAAUUCAUGACGCUCAUUGUGUGCCUUUGUCAAUAUUUUUGAGAACGAGUUUAAAACCUGUCCUACUUUUUGUGUUAUAAGUGUUACGUUCAUUAAUUUAAGGUGCCUACAAUUUAUCCAAACUUUUAUAUAGCAUAAAAAAAGAUAGCACACCAUGGCCGCCUUGGAAUCUUUGAGCAAUAAGGAGUUGCGUCAAAAAUGCAUAGAAUAUGGAAUGCCAAACGUUCCGGUGACCGAUUCCAGCCGAAAAAUUCUUAUACGACGACUGGAAGCCGCGAUGUCGGGAAAACCCGCAACUCCCAAUAAAACAAAUCGUCGAGAAACUAUGCACGUUUCGAAACCCUCACAAAUGGCGUCAUCUGCUAAAAUAGACAAUGCGGCGGUUAAUAUUAACAACAACACCACGGCAGCCAGCAAGCCAACAGCCGCCAAUAGACCAUCGCGGCGUACAAUAGCUGCCACCACCGAACGACAUGUGACUACAACAACCACAGUAAGUGAACCGGAGUAUUCGGAUGUCUCCCCUGAUCGUGGUGAUGAGUUUCCCAUGAUGUUGCCACCUAAAACAAAGACUCCAGAGAAACCUACACUUUAUCCCAAACUGCCGACCAAGGAGCCUUCACCGAAACCACAGGUUUUGAGCAAAACUGGUGUGGUCACCACUUCGUACGUUAAAGAAUCAAAUAUAAACAAGACGUAUGCAGCACCUGAAGAUGAUAUUGAUUCAACAGAAGAGGAUAUAUUGGAGCCGGUAAAGAAGACUCUCUCCAAUCCCCCAGUUUACACCAGCAGUUAUGUUCCACUUUCUGAAUCGAAAGUUAGCACCACUGGACCGUUGUCGGCAACAUUAAGCUCAAGCACACGUUACAGUGCCUUGGGAAGCUCAUAUGUUCAAAAUAAACCUUCAACCAAUUUUACAACUUCAAAUACAAGACAAAGUUACGAGGCACCAACUCGUUCAUCCUAUCAACCCAGAGUAACCAAACAAUAUGUUACCGAUACCUACAAUGUUGAGGAUGACGAAGAUGAAGAGGAUGAGGAUGAAGAAGAUGAAGUUGUUUUGGUGGAAGACAGCCCAGUGGGAAAGGAUAUCCAAACACCAUUUCUCAGUCAAUUUGCACGCAAUCUAGAGACACUAAAGGCUACCCCUAUACGUCACUCGGUGGGUCCUACGAGAAUCACACCCCCAAAGCUAUCAGGUUCAGCUCUGAGAAACCGUGAAGCUGCCUACACACGUCGUACAGUUGCCGGUACUGGGCAUAUAGCCCCACGCCGUUCUUACAAGCCCGAACAGGAUGAAUCACCAUUUCGUCAGUUUGUAAUGGCUCUGGAGGAAAAAUACCAUCUAAAGCAAACCUUUAUUAUAAUCUCUAUCUUUAUAAUGGCUAUAUUUAUUUAUGUCUUCUUUAUACAAAGUGUUUAAAUGUAUUGUGUGUAUUGUAUUUAAAUGUAUUGUACUAAUUUUAUGAAAACUAAAGGAAGUAAAGAAGAGAAAUAGGGCGUAAAGAAUGUAAUUCGGAUUGAUUUAAAAAAAUUAUCUCUUUUUUUAUAAAUAAAGAAUUUUUGUUUUUUUUUAUAACUGCACACUCAUAAA